AUGGGCGACUGGGCGAGGGCGGCGCGCGCCUUCAUCUCGCAAGCCUCCGCGGGAGACGCGCAGAAGAACGCCUCAGUCUCUCGGGAGACGAAAAAGAAGAGCACUCGGCGUCAGGUGUACAGACAGCAGAGACGUCGACAGCGCUCGGGACUGGCGGCUUGCGAGACAUGUGCGCGUGUUCCGCUUUGUCCGGAAGAGCUUUCGCGAUGUCGCAGGUCUGAAGCGGCUCCUGCUCUGCAAUCCCCGCGGCUUGUGCAAUUUUUUUCUUUCGGAACGCCCUCCGCGACAAACAGGCGCGAGUUCCUCGCACCCGCUUCUCGACCUCGCGCCAGAGACUGUCGCGCUGUCUUGGCCGCGCAUGCAGCCAUCGAUUUGCAACACGCUGCCGCGCCGUCAACGAGGUCCCCGCGAAGAGGAAGGGAAACGAAACUCUUUUCCCUGCACCUCCAGAGGGGUGUUCCGGUGUAUGUACAGCUGAAGACGGAGAGACACUUGCAAGCAGCUGCCGUGUGGGGAGAGCUGGGCGGAAGUCGAGGGGCUGUCGGAGCCUCGACGCGUCUCUGCAUGUUGUUGGGUGUGUGUCUGUGUCGAGAGUCGCCGUUCUGGAAAUGCACUCGAGUCCUGUUUAGGAUUUUGGGUCCUGGGCUCGAGGUCUGCACUUUCCGGAGCGUAAGUGGCGACACGAGUCCCACCCAGCUGUUGGCUUUGAAAAGAACCUCUGUUGACGCUGCGCGAUGGCCUAGAAAUUGCAGGUCACGUAUGAAAAAAUGGAGAGCUGGGAUGCUGAGAAGCUUUGCCUCUUUGAAAUUCGGCAGAGAGGCAGCGAAUGUGAAAGUCAAAGUGUCCGCAAGUGAAGAGAAGUCCCCAAAGUAG